AUGGCAGAGGCUAUGAGCGCCGCAGCAUCAGCAGCAGCGCGCAGGUGCAGUGAUGCACUAAAUGGCCGCGCCCAAAUGCUGGCUGUCGCACAUACGUGUCCUCCUCAUUCGCGCGAAUGUGGCCCUCCAAGCCUUCCUGGUCUCAGUCAAAACAUCCGUCAGUCUCGUUUCGGAGCGUCGUUGCUAUUCGUGCCCUUGCUGCGGGUUGCUGCUGAGUCGCCCUUAAGGAAGCUUGGGGUUAGGGGGGUUUGCAUGAAGAAUUUGAAUGGAUCUUUGCCGAUGCUGUCUCGCUGCGGCUGGGUAACUUGUAGUGCUAUUCGUUGUUUUCCUGUGGCUGCUGCAGGAGCACGAGGAUACCGUUUGCAGAGUUAUAGAGAAUCUCCACGCACUAGAGAAGGGAGAAGCGGUUCCUGUGUAUCUCCAUACACCCUUCGCCACCAAGAAAAAAGCAGAGCUGGACAGUGCGAACGACAGGGGGAAGCGGAGAACGGGGUCAAGGUUCUUGAAAGUGACAUAGGGGGAUAUGCAGUGGAGAUUACGCCAAGUAUAGGGGUGUUGUGGCAGAAGGCCUUGGAAAUUCUAGACAUGGAGUGGAAUAACUGCUGUGCGGCUCACAGAGAAGCAAACUCAGAGGGGCAUGUAGUUGUAAGGCUGUGGGAAGAGAAGGCCACACCACAUGUUGUCUCGAACAAUGUGUUGGCCGCGGCGUGUGCAACAACGUCCCGGAAGAAGGAUGGCGUGGAGGGGGGAGCCCGCAGUUGGAUAAGGUCGCAGCAGCUGGUGGGGUCGACUCCACCGUGUGCAGGAGGCAGGCCUCAGGAGAUCGAUGCCAAGGCGUUUAGGCAGAGUAUAGACCGUGCGAACGCGGCUCUUCGCGGAGCACCAGUUAGUGGUGGCAGCUGGGGAGGGCAGCGCGGUAGAGGCGGGGGUAACUUCAGGGGAGGCGGGCCUAAUGGAUCCCAUGGGGGCCCUCAGGGGCCCCGGAGCGUAGGUGGGGAGCUCAAGAGAGAAGCCUACAUUCCGACUGGCGAAAUGCAGCAGCAGGCGCAGCAGCAUAGAGGAAGUGGCCAUCGGUAUAGAAGGGGAGGAAAUCGAGGCUGGGGGUCUGCCACCUCUUCUAGCGGCCCUAUGCGGGGUGGAGGUUUCGGAGGAAGACUUUACGGGGGAGGGAAGAUUCACGGAGGGGAAUGGCGAGAUUGGACUGUGUGCAUAUCAGCAUCAGCUAGGGAAAAUGUGCUUACUGUUCUCAGAGCUAGAGACCUGCCGCCAACCUGGAACGCACCCACGUCGGGCCUUUUCAGUGCGCACGCCGUUACCUUCCGUACCUACAUAUCGAAACCCACUACGAUGAAAGGCAGCCCAGGAAAACCGGUCCAAGCCGCUUCCCAGGCAAGCAAAAAAUGUGAUGACAAGUGGGAAAGAGAUUCACACGUAAGCCAGCAACCGACUAUGGACCAAACCAACAUGACCAUGGCGGCGUGA